UUUUGGUUUUUUUUUGCCUUUCGAUCACGAGGACCAUCAUGCGGAAAGAAUUGUCUUGCUCACUGCUUGACUCAACGCUGUAACUUAUUUAUUUGGCUCCGCGGUGCCCUGUAAUAAACCCCCAAAAGGAGCGAACGUGUAUUCUGGGACAACUACAAUGUCGUCGGAGGAAUUUGAGAAGUUGCACGAAAUCUACAGGUCCCUAUACGAAGAGCUGAAGCUAAUGCCGCAGAGGCUGCUGAGGAGCAAUGGCGAGGAGAAGAAGAGCUUGCUGAGGGCCUUCGAAGAGAGGAAAGUGGAGGCGGAAGAAAUUCUGCAGGGAAUGGAAGUGGAGUUGCGCGACGCGCCCCCCUCCUACCGGAAUCCCAUGAGGACCAAGCUGCAUCUGUACCACCGUGACCUCGCCAAGCUGCAGCGGGACGCCAAGACCUCGGCCCCGCCGCUGUCGGACGGCAGUCAAGGCGGCAUCUAUUCAUCGCAAAACCAACAAAGCUCGUCCCCCUUUGUCCAGACACGCUUGCAGUCGCAGCGGGCCUUGCUCCUGCAGGGCACCGAGUCGUUGCACAACGCCAGCGAGAGCAUCGACCGCAGUCAGCGCCUCGCGGCCGAGACGGAGCACAUCGGCACGGACAUCAUCGAGGAGCUCGGCGAGCAGCGGGAGCAGCUGGACCGGACCAGGGACAGACUUGUGAAUACGGGAGAGAACCUCAGUCGCACGCGGAAAAUCCUUCGUUCUAUGUCUCGUCGGCUCAUGACAAACAAGCUGCUGCUGGCUGUCAUCAUUCUCAUGGAAUUGGCCAUUCUCGGAGCUGUAGUUUACCUCAAGUUCUUUCGGCGAUGAGGGUGAAGAAAAAAAACAAAGUCCGGACCUGCUUUCGGGUCCAAGAGGUCGUCCUUGUUUUAAGUCUUACUGAAGGUCCAGCCUUAGAUAAGGAUUCCUCUCCACAAGAAUCACAGAAGAAAAUGGGCACUAAUGACCAGACUGUUAAUACAGAGAAAUCCCUGUGGAAGGAAGUUUUGUUACAUCUGCGGACCAGAGAGGAGGUGCAGUGAAGGCGCUACUGGACCCAGAACAUUGCCUUUGGCAGCCAGUGUGUUAAGCUGAGGUACUCCGUUUAGCAAUAGUCAAUAUAGGAAGAGAUGGCACACUGUCUGUCGUCAUUCACUGUUUUUCAAUUUUCAUUUUACAUUGCUCAGGUUAACUAUUGUUUAUUACUUUCUUGUCAGUGUAUAGAAAAUUGGCUUUCACAUUUCUACACUAACUGUAUCUCACAUUCCUCAAGGGCAACCCCCCCCCUCCCAUUGCAACAGUCUCUCCAGUUACCCCUUUCAAACUGCACUGUUGCCAGUGACGUUGCAGCGCUAGAGCCAUAAUUAGUGCUGAUUUCGGUAGCUUGUGUCACAAGCUACCAAAUCAUUGGCUGACAUGUUUUGCUGACUUCUUCCAUCAGGCUCAUGACAAACAAACAAGCUUGUGUCACUAGCUACCAAAAUGGUGUCAGACUAGUAACAACUUGUUGUUGGUCCAAAACAAGGUCUUCUCAAUUUUAUGACAAGCAGUCAGUGAAGUACGAUGACGCAUGGAUUUAGCGCUGCUUUGGCUAUAUUCUGCUGUUUGCGUAGCCUAGUUGAGGUCUGGCCCCAACACUUGUACCCAACCAGCAGUGGCGCCAGCUAGGUGGGAAAGGGGUGAAAAAAGCCCACUUCCAUUUGUUUAAAGCCUUCUUGAGUCAUGGCAAGUAAGACUUUUUCCUUACGUGGUAUAGUUCAAUCAAUCGAUGCGACGAUUGUGAAUGUUAAUUUUUCCAGAAAUAACAAGAAUGAUUCUUCAAUUUAUUUCAUCCUCUUUCGUUGAUGCAUAUGCAAAAUUUUAAAAAGUGGUGGUUCUAACAUUGAAACUUGCAAGUACUCCUAUUAAAAAAAAAAAAAAAAAAGCUCUAUUCAAAGUAUCCGCUUCCUCUUUUGUUGGUAAAUAUCAAAAGAUUUAAAAAAAUAAAGAAAUAUUGGUUUGAAGAUUGUAGCCUACCUUGUGUAACUCCUUGAUGAAGACAAAAAAUCUAGUUCCUGCUUUCUCCUUUUUGAUGAAUAUCUACAGAUUGGAAAAAGGUUGUAGAUUGAAGAGUUCCUCAAAGUUCAAAAACAUUUUAAUUACCUGCUUCCUCAUUUUUUUGAUUAUUUUGACAUUUUAAAAGGUGGUGGUUCUUGGAUUAAACUCUUUAAAAAUACGGACCAAAUAUAUUUUUUAAAAGCUUUAGUGAACCUUGCGAAACCUAAAAAAAAAAAAAAAAACUAUUACAAUUACAUUUCCUCUUGAUGAAUACCGUAUGUUUUAAAAUGAUUCUAUGAAUGAACCCUGCAGAACUAAAAAAGAAAAAAAAAAA